AUAAAAGACAAGAACAGCAUAUGGGUUGCAAAGUUCGCGCGAAAGAGUGAGUUCCACAACCCUAAUUUAGAAGCUGUGGUGAUCAAGGCUACAAGCCAUGAUGAUCAACGCAUAGAUUCUAAGAACGUUCAGAAAGUGUUCCAUUGGUUACGAACCUCACCCUCGUACCUCAAACCUAUUGUGUGGUCUCUCUCCAUGCGCAUGCAGAAGACUCGAAGCUGGGUGGUCGCGAUGAAAGGCUUGAUGCUCAUCCAUGGCAUUUUCUGCUGUGACAUCCCGAUAGUGCAACGCAUGGGGAGAUUACCCUUUGACCUCUCAAACUUUUCUGAUGCCCAUUUGAGCACCGAGAAGGCUUGGGACUUCAACGAUUUCAUUCGUGCUUAUUUUGCGUAUUUGGACCAAAGAUCGGCGUACGUAUCCUCCGAGGUUAGAAAGCUAAAGAAGAAUAACAAGGAGAUGGAGGUGGAGGAGACGUUGAUGGAAGAGCUUGAGGGUUUGCAAAAGUUGCAAGGGUUGGUUGAUAUGCUUCUUCAGAUCAGGCCUCGGAACGAGAACAUGAAUGUUGGUUUGGUUCUUGAAGCCAUGGACUGUGUUAUAGUUGAGGUUUUCGGUGUGUAUAGUAAGUUUUGCAACAAGAUUGCCAAGGUUUUGUUGAGGAUAUAUGAAAUGGGUGGGAGGAUGGAAGCAAGUAUUGGCCUCAAGGUUCUUCAGAAAGCAUCGAUUCAAAGGGAGGAGUUGUCUUCGUUCCUUGAGUUUUGCAAGGAUAUUGGUGUCCUCAAUGCCUCUCAGUGUCCCCAAAUUGAAAGAAUUUCUCAGGAGGACAUUCAAGAUCUUGUGAAAAUAAUCAAUGGUGCCUCUUCCAAAAAGAAGGAUGGUGUUGCGGCAAAUGAUGAGGACAAAGCCAUUGUGGUAAGAGAUUGUUCUACCAUUGUACCUGUUUCACACCAGAAGGACUCAGAGAAGGGUUUGACGACCAUCAUCACUCACCAAUGGGAGGUUUUUGAUAAUGAUGAUGAUGUGAUGUUUGGUGGUAAAGGAAUGCAUACUGUCUCUGGUGAAAAGGAUAUUCGCAACACAACCAACCCUUUUGAGGAAUCUUAUCACAUUGUGCCUUAUGUUUCUGGUCACAAUCAACCUCUUCCAGAUCUAAUUAGUUUUUAAUUAGCAUUAUAGAACCGAUGUUUACGUGUUGUUCACUUUUUUUCAGUUUGCUAGAUUCAUUGUGCCAUGUGUAUAUUAUUCUUCCGGGGUAAAGGAAAAUGUGGGGAAAUGGAAUCCGAAGGGGUAAUGUUCUUAUUCAUACUCUUCUCCAUAACUGCGGAAGAACUUGUGAAUCAGCUUUUCUUCUGCAUUAGAAAAUAAUUCAUGACAUACUUCUGUUUU